CGCGCCCGAGCCCGAGCCGGAGCCGGAGCCGCCGCUCCCCCGCCUGCCCGGCCGGCCCCGGGCUCCGAGCGCGCGGUCCCUGUCGCCGCCGCCGCCGCCCCGCGCUCGCCCCGCGCUUGACGCAGUGAGCGCCGCAGCCUGGCUCCCGCCGGCUCCGCUGGGCUCCGGGUCGCAGGCCGAGUCCAGCCGGGCGGGCUCCGGGAGGGGCCGGCAGGGCGGGAGGGGGAGGAGGGCUGUCUGGAGCCAGCGAGCCCGGAGGAGGAAGAGGAGGAGGAAGGAGGGGAAGCCGCCGCCGCCGCCGCCGCCGCCGCCGCGCUCGGGGAACCGGGGUGCGCGCGCUCUGCUCGCCCGCGACAGUGCCUCCAGCCCGGGGCCCGCACCCCGGCCCAGGUGCAGCUGCCUUGGCGACCAUUUGUCCUACAGUUUGUCCGGACCCAGGCUGUCCUUCUGUGUGCUGGAAUGAGGCGAACAUGUCUUUGAGCCCAGCAGGGAGGAAUCCUCCAGCCUAUUCCUCGCUGGUGCACCAGGUCGUUGGCGGGCCCUGACACGCAACAGGAACGUCGGAGCAGGAGGAGCCAGUGGAGCCAUCAGGACACCCAGGCCCAUGGGGCAGGAGGCCUCGGUCACCGCAGGACUGGGGCGGAAGAAGAGAGGCGGCCGGCCGUGAGGGAGGCACCCUCCCUCCCCGCGCUUACGUCGCGCGGCCAUGCGGUUUGGGACAGGACACCCCUGAGAGUGCAGGCACCUCCCCCUCCCGCCCCUCCAUCCCUCUGGGGGCUGCCGCCUGGCCCCCCACCUGGUCCCCCUGGGCAGGCUGAGUUGGGGCUCCCUGCAGGGCGGUCCCAAUGGCCGGGCGUGGGUGGGGCGCGCUGUGGGUGUGCGUGGCGGCCGCCACCCUGCUGCACGCGGGCGGCCUAGCCCGCGGGGACUGCUGGCUGAUCGAGGGCGACAAGGGCUUCGUGUGGCUGGCCAUCUGCAGCCAGAACCAGCCGCCCUACGAGGCCAUUCCGCAGCAGAUCAACAACACCAUCGUGGACCUGCGACUCAACGAGAACCGUAUCCGCAGCGUGCAGUACGCCUCGCUCAGCCGCUUCGGCAACCUCACGUACCUCAACCUCACCAAGAACGAGAUCGGCUACAUCGAGGACGGCGCCUUCUCGGGCCAGUUCAACCUGCAGGUGCUGCAGCUGGGCUACAACCGGCUGCGCAACCUCACGGAGGGCAUGCUGCGCGGCCUGGGCAAGCUGGAGUACCUGUACCUGCAGGCCAACCUCAUCGAGGUGGUCAUGGCCAGCAGCUUCUGGGAGUGUCCCAACAUCAUCAACAUCGACCUGUCCAUGAACCGCAUCCAGCAGCUCAACAGCGGCACCUUCGCCGGCCUGGCCAAGCUGUCGGUGUGCGAGCUCUACAGCAACCCCUUCUACUGCUCCUGCGAGCUGCUGGGCUUCCUGCGCUGGCUGGCCGCCUUCACCAACGCCACGCAGACGUACGACCGCAUGCAGUGCGAGUCGCCGCCCGUCUACUCCGGCUACUACCUCCUGGGCCAGGGCCGCCGCGGCCACCGCAGCAUCCUCAGCAAACUGCAGUCAGUCUGCACCGAGGACUCGUACGCGGCUGAGGUGGUCGGGCCCCCACGUCCGGCAUCGGGGCGCUCACAGCCCGGUCGCUCCCCGCCACCCCCGCCUCCGCCAGAGCCCAGUGACAUGCCCUGUGCCGACGACGAGUGCUUCUCCGGGGAUGGCACCACCCCACUGGUGGCCCUGCCCACACUGGCCACGCAGGCCGAGGCCCGCCCCCUCAUCAAGGUCAAGCAGCUCACCCAGAACUCGGCCACCAUCACCGUCCAGCUGCCCAGCCCGUUCCACCGGAUGUACACCCUGGAGCAUUUCAACAACAGCAAGGCCUCCACCGUGUCCAGGCUGACCAAGGCCCAGGAGGAGAUCCGUCUGACCAACCUGUUCACGCUCACCAACUACACCUACUGCGUGGUGUCCACCAGCGCCGGGCUGCGCCACAACCACACCUGCCUCACCAUCUGCUUGCCCCGGCUGCCCAGCCCGCCCGGCCCGGUGCCCAGCCCCUCCACGGCCACCCACUACAUCAUGACGAUCCUGGGCUGCCUCUUCGGCAUGGUGCUGGUGCUGGGCGCCGUCUACUACUGCCUGCGCAGGCGGCGGCGCCAGGAGGAGAAGCACAAGAAGGCCGCCUCAGCAGCCGCAGCUGGCAGCCUCAAGAAGACCAUCAUCGAGCUCAAGUAUGGGCCUGAGCUGGAGGCGCCCGGCCUGGCCCCGCUGUCCCAGGGCCCGCUGCUGGGCCCCGAGGCCGUGACGCGCAUCCCUUACCUGCCUGCCGCCGGCGAGGUGGAGCAGUACAAGCUGGUGGAGAGCGCGGACACCCCCAAGGCCAGCAAGGGCAGCUACAUGGAGGUUCGAACCGGGGACCCUCCGGAACGCAGGGACUGCGAGCUGGGCCGGCCGGGCCCCGACAGCCAGAGCUCGGUGGCCGAGAUCUCCACCAUCGCCAAGGAGGUGGACAAGGUCAACCAGAUCAUCAACAACUGCAUCGACGCGCUCAAGUCCGAGUCCACCUCCUUCCAAGGCGUCAAGUCGGGGCCCGUGUCCGCCGCGGAGCCGCCGCUGGUGCUGCUGUCCGAGCCGCUGGCCGCCAAGCACGGCUUCCUGGCGCCCGGGUACAAGGACGCCUUCGGCCACAGCCUGCAGCGGCACCACAGCGUGGAGGCCGCCGGGCCCCCUCGUGCCAGCACCUCGUCCAGCGGCUCCGUGCGCAGCCCCCGCGCCUUCCGAGCCGAGGCCGUCGGGGUGCACAAGGCCGCGGCCGCCGAGGCCAAGUACAUCGAGAAGGGCUCCCCCGCGGCCGACGCCAUCCUCACUGUGACACCCGCGGCCGCCGUGCUGCGGGCCGAGGCCGAGAAGGGUCGCCAGUACGGCGAGCACCGGCACUCGUACCCCGGCUCCCACCCGGCCGAGCCACCUGCGCCCCCCGGGCCACCGCCGCCGCCUCCGCACGAGGGUCUGGGGCGCAAGGCGUCCAUCCUGGAGCCGCUCACCCGGCCGCGGCCCCGCGACCUCGCCUACUCGCAGCUGUCCCCGCAGUACCACAGCCUGAGCUACUCCUCCAGCCCCGAGUACACCUGCCGGGCCUCCCAGAGCAUCUGGGAGCGCUUCAGACUGAGCCGCCGGCGGCACAAGGAGGAAGAGGAGUUCAUGGCCGCGGGCCACGCGCUGCGCAAGAAGGUUCAGUUCGCCAAAGACGAGGAUCUGCACGACAUCCUGGACUACUGGAAGGGCGUGUCGGCCCAGCACAAGUCCUGAGCCCCCCCAGACCCGCGAUGCCCACUGGACCAAAAAGGAUGCAGGAUCCACCCAGAGACUCAGCACCAAACCCAACACACGCACAACACCACAGCAACUGUGACAGCCGGGGGGCCCUGCAGAGGCGAGGGGGGUGUGGGCAGGGACAGACAAGGGGGACACGUCCCGAGCUCCUGUGGCCGGUCCUGGGAUGCGCUCGUCGCCCCGGGUGGCAUGUGUCCACAUACACACACACACACACACACACACACACACACACACACGAGGGACUUCGGAAAACUGUGUCUUAGGGAUGGGGGGUGGGGGUGGGGAUUUUUUUUUCAUUAUCUUUCCUCUUUUGAGUCUUCUCUGCCUUUUCUUUUCCUCUUUCUCUCUUUAUUUUCUUCCUUUUUUAAAAAAAAUAAUAAAAGACAAGUUAUUUUAAAAAGACAUAAAAUGCCGUCCGUGGGGGGGUGUGGCCGGCGUGGCCACUUCGGGGCCCCUCACGUGAUCUCGGUCCGUGGUUUUCUGUGGAUUCUCUGUCCAGUCCGUCUCUUCAUUGCCGCCUCCGGAGUCCACUGCAGAGGGGCAGAGUGAAUGCCGGCGGCCAAGUGGCCUCCGGGACAGGUCCUGGAGCCCUGCUGGACUCAGGGUGGGUGGAGGCUGUGCCUGUGGACGGCCGGGGUGGCCGGGACGGCCAAGGGCUGGGAGGCAUGUCCCCCAGCCCAGCCCCCGUGUACACUGUAGUCGUUCUAUUGUACAGAAAAAAAUAUUUCUAUAUUUGCAAUGUUUGCUGUAAAAUGGGAAAGAAAAAAAAGACUAUGUCUACUAAAAAAAAAAAAAAAAAAAAGACUAUGUCUACUUAAAAAAAAUCUGCAAAGGAAAAAAAAAUCAAA